UAAGGAAUACAAAGCUCAUGUCAACCUCAAUUAUAUAAAUGUCACACUCUCUCGAAGGUCCACCCACUAGAAAGCACACCCCACCAUCUCUCACCUAAACAAUCUAAAAGCAAAUUUGGCUCAUUCAUUUCUUAUUUAAAUACUAGCUAUAUGAUUCCAUUAAUUCAUUACAUUGAAAUCCAAAGAAGCACAAUUUUAAUAGAAUACAACAACACUAGCUAGAGUUUAAUUAGAGAGGAAUAAUGGAACUUCAAGACACAGCAGCUAGUAGAAUAGCAAGUAGAAUAACAAUUGGUCUUCCAUUGGGUUUGGCACUACUUUUUGCAUGUUUACUCUUCAUUUGUGUCUUAUUUUGUUGCUUCUUACAUUGGAAAAAGAUCAAAUUUUUGUUUCCAUCCUCUUCCGGGGUUAUUAAUCAUCAAGCUCAGAUUCAAGCUGACUUAACUUCCUCACCUCAAAAACCAACUUUUCCUAUUGUGAUGAUGAAGCAGAGCUAUGCUGAGAGCUUGCCAGUGAUGAUGCCAGGGGAUGAGAUUCCAAAAUUCAUAGCCAUGGCAUGUCCAUGUAAGCCUCCAACAGAUGAAAGUAUCACAAUUCAUGUGCACAAGGCAGAAGACACAAAUGAUUUUUGCACUCACAAUUCAUCUUAAUUAAAGAGGUGCUGAUUUCAGGGUAGGUUAGAUAUAUACACAUUUCAUGGACCUUAUCAAUUUGUGCUAAGUGAGAUAAAUCCACCAAGCUCAAUCAAGGUGCUUGAAAAAAAUAAAUCAGGACCCCCCAUUUUAUUUUUUUGGUCAGAAUGGGAAAAAAAUGGUUGAGAUAUUAACCAUCCUGUUUUAAUUUAUUAUUUUUUGUGCCUUUUUUGUUUGUUUUUGGUUCUAGGACACUUUUAUUUGCUCCUUUUUUUGUUUGAAAUAACCGUGAGUUUGAUGAAAUUGCAGUGAAAAUGUAAUUUUUACGGUAGUACACUGUGAUUUUAUUAAAUUUUUUUGUUAAUUUAAGGAUGAAAAAAUCACUAUAUAUGAAUGCAUCUUUCCAUAGACUUGUAAUA